AUGUUCCUGUUUAGGAAAAAACAACCCCCCGCGGAGGAGGCGCAAGGGGAGGAGAAAAAAGAAGAGGCCAAAGAGAAGGACGUAGUGGUAAGCCAAGGGGAGGCCCAGGAGAACGACCAACUGGUAUGCCAGGGGAAGACCCAAGAGAAGGCCUCAGUUAGCAACCCCUUCCAGAACAUCCAAAAGGGUAGCCAGGAAGGGAAGACAGAAAAGGAUCUACUGCAAAAUGAUAGUGAAAAGGAAGGGGAAACAAAAAAGAGAAAAGAAAAGAAAGACAGGUUAGAGGAGAAGUCCCAAGAAGGGGAGAAAAAUGAGAAAGAGCUAGUCACACAAGUGGGAAGCGGCGGAGACAGUGAACAUACAGACGGACAAGCAAAACACAGCAGAGUUCCACACGAGGAGGGGACACCUCCUAGUGGUAACCUUCUCCGGAGAGACACGUACAGAUUGAUUCCCAACGGGAUAAAAAAGAAAAAAAUCAACCUGUAUAGCUCAUCCAGCUCUUCCGACGCCUCUUCGGAUGAAGACCUAUUUAGCGGUAAAAAUAAAAGAAAAAUGGAGAACCUCGAAGGGGGGGAAUACGACCAAAUUAGGAAGAAGGAGAGAAGGGAAGAAUCCCAACGAGACAAUCACGUCAGAAGCGGUACUACACCCACCAACGCAGUUAGUGGGAACAGCAAGAUCUUUGCCAACGUUAGCAGUGGGGGUGAGAAACUCAUCUUCUUAACAAAAAGGGACAGAGAAGAAAUGAAGCGGAAGGCUGACAAAGGAGAAAAUGAAAGGAUUCCUAUGCUGGAGGAAGACCAUCCGAGGGGGAAGUUGCAGGGGAAGGACGUCGAAGACGCUAGGGGGAGGAAGAAGGAGAUCGAUAGGAAGACCCACUCGAAGCAUGACAGACCUCAUAGGCUAAGGAGGAACUCCGAGGCGAAUGAGGAGGGAAGGAGGCGGAAGCUGUCAAAUGGAGACUCGACCGACGAGGAAAGCGAUGGAAGUGGCAGAAGCGGGGGAAGCGCUGAAAGCGGCGUGCAGAGCCCUUUGGGCCUGCCCAGCGCGUACACAAAGGUGGAAUCGUCCCUAGCGGAGCUGAACAUGCUUAAUAUCAGCGCCAUCGAACGGGAAAGCCAAAGGGAAAAGGAAUUAGAACUCAUCAAGCAGGAAUACUUAGGACUAAACAAAAGGAAGAAGAAGAAGAUGCAGAAGCCUUCGGAGAAGUUCAGGAACAUAUUCAACUUCGAAUGGGAUCAAUCGGAGGAUACCUCCAGAAAUGACACCAACCCAUUAUACCAGAACAGGCUAGAGCCGCAGCUUCUCUUCGGACGAGGGUACAUCGCAGGGAUAGACGUCCGGGAGCAGAGAAAGAAAAAUAACUUCUACGAUAAGUUAGUGCAGAAUAGGAUUAACUUUAGUGUGAAGAAAGGAGCGACUGAGGAGAAUUCGCUCAAGAAGGACCUCCACCAUAGGGGGAGCGGCACAAAGGCGGGUACCAACAGCGAUAAUGCAGCGUCAAGCGGCUGGACGAAUGGUACUUCUGACCGCUGUACGAAUGGUGCGUCUGACCGCUGGACCAACGGUACAUCUAACCAUUUAGGCAUGUCAGCCCUGGCGAACACGCCGAACCCAAUGGAGCAUCUAACGAACCCAAAUAAUCACUCCCUGAGUAGAAGCAAAACGGGAGAAUUCAUCUACGAACCGAAAGUGACAAACAUCAUCCAGGAUGUUCAGAACAAACACUGGAGUGAGAAGAAGAGAGAAGAAAUGACGGACAGAGAUUGGAGGAUUUUUCGAGAGGAUAACGAGAUUUACAUUAAAGGAGGUAUCGUGCCAGCACCCAUCAGACGAUGGGAAGAGUCCAACCUUUCUAGCGAUUUGUUAAAAGCUAUUAAGAAGGCAAAGUAUGAGAAGCCUACUCCAAUCCAGAUGCAAGCUAUACCGAUAGCCCUCGAAAUGAGGGAUCUAAUCGGGAUCGCAGAGACGGGUUCUGGUAAAACAGCCGCAUUUGUCUUACCCAUGCUUUCUUACGUGAAACACCUCCCCCCGUUGACAUAUGAAACAUCUCAAGAUGGGCCCUAUGCUCUUAUUAUCGCUCCGUCAAGAGAAUUAGCCAUCCAGAUUUACGACGAAACGAAUAAGUUUGCAUCCUACUGCUCCUGUAGAGCGGUAGCAGUGGUGGGAGGAAGAAAUGCCGAGGCACAAGCGUUUGAGCUGAGAAAAGGGGUAGAAAUUAUUAUAGGAACCCCGGGAAGAAUAAAAGACUGCUUAGAUAAAGCAUACACUGUCUUAAAUCAAUGUAACUAUGUAAUCCUGGAUGAAGCAGAUCGGAUGAUGGACAUGGGGUUCGAAGACUCCGUUCAUUUCAUUCUGGACAAAAUACCAACGUCCAAUUUGAAAUCAGAAGAUGAUGCUCUAGCUCUGCAGGAAGAGAUGAUGGCAAAGGCUGGACAUCGUCUCUACCGAUUAACGCAGAUGUUUUCUGCGACCAUGCCUCCAGCAGUGGAGAGAUUGUCAAGGAAGUAUCUCCGAGCCCCAGCAUACAUAUCCAUUGGAGACCCCGGGGCUGGAAAAAGAUCCAUAGAACAAAAAUUAGAAUUCAUUACAGAAGGGAAGAAGAAACAGAAACUGCAAGAGAUCCUAGAAGUGUAUGAGCCCCCCAUAAUCGUUUUUGUGAAUCAGAAGAAAGUAGCAGACAUCAUUGCUAAAUCGAUUAGUAAAAUGAAAUUCAGGGCAAUCUCUCUGCAUGGUGGAAAGGCACAAGACCUGAGAGAACAAACGCUGACCAAUUUUAAAAAUGGAGAUUUCGACAUUUUAGUAGCAACCGAUGUUGCUGGAAGAGGUAUCGAUGUGCAGGGAGUCAAACUUGUCAUUAACUUCGACAUGCCUAAAGACAUCGAAUCGUAUACACACAGGAUUGGACGUACUGGGAGAGCCGGAAUGAAGGGAAUGGCGAUCUCGUUUAUCACGGAGCAGGAUUCACACUUAUUUUACGAUCUGAAGCAGUUCCUCAUAUCUUCCAACAAUAUCGUCCCCAUGGAGCUGGCAAACAAUCCCGCCUCGAAGGUGAAGCCUGGCUCGGUCGUGCACUCCGCAAAGAAGCCCCAAGUGAUGUUUAAGGGGUAG